AUGGCGGCCACCAAUGAGAAAACCCACAUCAACAUUGUGGUGAUCGGACAUGUGGACUCGGGCAAGUCGACAACAACAGGGCAUCUAAUCUACAAGUGCGGCGGGAUCGACGCUCGGCAGAUCGCCAAGUUUGAGCAGGAGGCAGGUGAGGCCGGCAAAGGCUCGUUCAAGUACGCUUGGGUGCUGGACAAGCUCAAGUCUGAGCGCGAACGGGGUAUCACCAUCGACAUCUCGCUGUGGAAGUUUGAGACGAACAACUACUAUGUGACGGUCAUCGACGCACCGGGCCACCGCGACUUUAUCAAGAACAUGAUCACAGGAACCUCGCAGGCCGACUGCGCCGUGCUGGUCAUUGACGGGACCCGUGGCGGCUUCGAGGCUGGCAUCUCCAAGGACGGGCAGACGCGCGAGCACGCGCUGCUCGCGUACACGCUCGGCGUCAAGCAGCUAAUUGUGGCGGUCAACAAAAUGGACGCCGACUCGGUCCAGUUCUCGCAGCAGCGGUUUGAGGAGAUCGUGGCCGAGGUCAAGAGCGCCAUCAAGAAGGUCGGGUACAACCCGAAGAAGGUCACCUUUGUCCCCAUUUCGGGCUGGACUGGUGACAACAUGCUCGAGCCGUCGAGCAACAUGUCAUGGUGGACAGGGCCGACGCUGCUGGAGGCGCUGGACAGCAUCAAGGCGCCGACGCGGGCGACCGAGCGUCCGCUCCGCAUCCCCGUUCAGGACGUGUAUGUCAUUGACGGCCUUGGCACUGUCCCGGUCGGGCGAGUCGAAGCCGGCGUCAUCCAGCCGGGCAUGGCUAUCCAGUUUGCGCCCUCGGGUGCUGUUGCCGAGUGCAAGUCGGUUGAGAUGCACCACGAGCAGCUGGAAGCCGGCAACGCCGGGGACAGUAUUGGGUUUAACGUCAAAAGCCUUGGCAUCUCCGAUAUCGAGCGCGGCUUUGUGGCGUCCAACGCCAACGACAACCCGGCCCAGGAGGUCGGCUCGUUUGUGGCCCAGAUCAUUGUCCUCAACCACCCGUUGUUCAUUUCCACAGGCUACAUGCCCAUGAUCGACUGCCACACCGCUCACAUUGUCUGCCGCUUUGAUGAGCUCAUUUCCAAGCUUGACAAGCGGACCGGCAAGGUUGUCGAGGAGUCACCGCGGUCCAUUGCCGUCGGCGACGCCGCCCUCGUCCGCCUUGUUCCGCUCAUGCCCAUGUGCUCUGUCGAAAUCAAGGAACAGGCCCCGUCCGGCAAGAAGGGCAAGAAGAAGGGCAAGGGUGGUAAGGGCGGCAAGAGAAAGUAA